GGUUGCGUUUUUGAGAGAAGAGGCAGAGUUUGUUUUGACUCGACAGCGCGAUCGAAUAUACGCGUACGUGGAAGAUCAUCGCUUCUUCGUCAUCAUGGCAAUCCGCUCGCCCAUGAGCGGCGUCGUCGUCGUCGUCUCAGUUGUUGUCUCAGGAAUCCACGACGAUGGGUCCGCGCGGCAACGCGGGUGAGCAGCGUCGCGAGGUGACCGAUUAAUCCCAGCGGGAUUCAAACACUUUCUGUGCGUGUACGCGAUGUCGCGGUGCUCGGCGAUGCCGAGGCGUCGCCGUCUCCCCGAGCGGAGGAGACGCGGCACGAUCCUCCUGGCCGUCUGCCUCCUCGCGCUGAUUGCCCACGCGAGCGCCGCCGAAUUGAGACGAUUGAUGACGAUUUAUGACAAGACGGAUCAUUGCCCGGUCGAGUGUGCCUGUCUCGGCAAUUUGAUUUCCUGCAGCAAUUUGCAACUGAUCGAGGCACCUAACGGACUGCCACCGUGGACGGAGAUCCUAGAAUUAAAGAACAACAAUAUUGCUAACUUGGAAUUUGACUCAUUACAUCAUUUAACACAACUCAAAAAAUUAGAUGUAAGUGCUAAUAAACUCGAAGAUAAUUUUACUAUCGCCUUGUCGGACGUUGGACAAUUACGCGAACUUAAAGUGAAUAAAAAUCAUUUAACACAAGUGCCAGAUCUUGUAUUUGUUAAGAAUAUUACUCACCUCACACUAUCCCAUAACUUAAUUACUAGUAUAAACGGGUCUGCAUUGCUCAGUUUGAAACACCUUCAAUACCUGGAUCUUAGUGGGAAUAAAAUAAGUGUCCUUCAAAAAGGAGCUUUUCUUGCUCCUAAUCAACUUGUAAAUUUAAAUUUAAAUGCAAACAACAUAAGAAUAAUUGAAAAUGGAAGUUUGGAUAAUCUAACUUUACUAGAAGAACUUCGCUUAAACAAAAACAAUUUAACACAGUUGAAAGAUCUUUUCACAAAUUUGGGAAAACUACGAAAAUUGGAAGUAAAUAAAAACAAUCUGCAACAAAUUCACGGAUUAAGUUUGAAAAAUUUAAAAAGUCUGGAGGAAUUGCAUUUAAAAAGAAAUAGAAUUGACAUGCUGGAUGAUGGAGCUUUUUGGCCACUUAAAACAUUGAUACAAUUACAUCUUGAUUUCAAUAUGCUGACCACUGUGAGAAAGGGUGGCUUGUUUGGGUUGGAACAUUUGCAAAAACUUACUUUGUCACACAAUCAAAUUUCAACGAUUGAACCUCAAGCAUGGGAUAUAUGUAGAGAAAUAUUGGAGAUAGACUUGUCACAUAACGAAUUGACCUCUAUAGACCGAGGUUCGUUCGAAUAUCUAUCAAAACUGGAAAGACUUAAGCUGGAUCAUAAUCAGAUAGCAUACAUCUCGGAGGGAGCAUUUAAUGUUACGACAAACCUUCGAAUUCUGGAACUUAAUUCGAAUAAGAUAUCCUAUAUGGUAGAAGAUAUUGGUGGCGCAUUCUCUCCGCUCGGUCAGUUGUGGAAACUAGGCUUGGCACACAACAAAAUAAAAUCCAUAAAUCAAAACGCUUUCACCGGUUUGAUUCGUGUCAACGAACUUGAUUUAAUCGGAAACAAUGUUACGUCUAUUCAGGAAAAUGCAUUCUUUCCACUGUCUAGUUUGAAGAAACUUAAAAUGAAUACCCAAGCAUUAGUUUGUGACUGUGGACUUCAAUGGCUAAGCAUGUGGUUGCGAGAACAUCAUUAUAGCGAGGCUGAAUUGUUCUGUGGUUAUCCACAUUGGUUGCAGGGCAUGUCAUUAACUCAGUUACAUCAUGAAAACUUUACUUGUGAUGAAUAUCCAAAACCCCGAAUCAUCCAAGAACCUAUGAGUCAAAUGAGUAUCAAAGGAAACAAUGCAACGUUGAUUUGUCGUGCAAGUAGCACCGCUGAUGCACCGCUCCAUUUCAUCUGGAAACAUAAUAAUGUGGAAUUAAACGGGGCGAAUCUGCAGACCAACAUUAGUUCCUCCGAAAGCGGAGCAACCGAAGCAACGUCUAUGUUACAUCUUACUAAUAUCACUCACGCUGAUGCGGGGAAAUAUCAAUGCAUGGUGACAAAUAAUUAUGGAACUACAUAUUCGGCCAAAGCCAUGCUGAACGUAUUGGUUUAUCCGUCAUUCACCAAAAUUCCGCAUGAUAUACGAGCGAAUGCCGGAAGCACCGCUCGUUUGGAAUGCUCCGCUGAGGGACAACCGUCCCCGCAGAUAGCCUGGCAGAAAGACGGUGGAAAUGAUUUUCCAGCUGCAAGGGAGAGACGCAUGCACAUGAUGCCGACGGACGAUGUACUAUUUAUAGUAAAUGUCAAAAUGGCCGACAAUGGAAUUUAUUCGUGUACCGCGCAAAAUUUAGCAGGCAUUAUUAUUGCAAAUGCUACUCUCACUAUAUUAGAAGCACCAUCUUUUGUAAAACCGAUGGAGAACAAAGAAACCAUAGUAGGUCGCUCGAUCGUGCUCGAAUGCAUGGCCAGUGGUUCACCACGUCCAAAAUUAUCGUGGAGAAAGAACGGCAGUCCACUGCAAGCAACGGAACGUCACUUUCUCACUGCCGAGGAUCAGUUAUUGAUCAUUGUUAAUACGAUCGAUAGUGACACCGGUAAUUAUGAAUGCGAGAUGAGUAAUUCAUUGGGCAGUAUUGUUGGCGCGUCGUAUCUUACAAUCAAUCCAGCUCCGACUUCUGUGUUGAACGAUUCUGAAAUAUUGGGCUUAAUAAUCAUAACCGUUGUGUGUUGCGCCGUUGCUACUUCCGUGAUUUGGGUGGUUGUAAUUUACAAAACUAGACGUCGCUUAAAUCUCACACAGGACACCGGUGCCCCGCCAGUGACAACCGUCGUAUUAACUGUACCCGAAGCACAAACGCAACUGUAUCUGGACACGAGUUCGCAGCACAGCAAAGAUAGUGGGACCGGAGAUAGCACUAAUCCCAGCAACGAUCAACUGCAAUUAUGCUUACCCGAAGAAUCCACUAUCGUGACUAGUUCUGCUAAUAACGAAGAAGAAAUGGGAACCAUAAAUGUCGAUGAUCCACUUUUGCGUUAUACAAAUCACGAGCGACAUGCAAACAAGAACGCCGAUAGCACGGUUUAAAGCGGAAACGUGAGCUAGAAUGUAAAAAGAGCUACAGCGUACAACAAUUUUGCAACUAAUAUAGCGCAAAAAAUCUUUCAUCAAGAGACAGUAAGUAUUCGUGUGUGAACACAGCUAGUUUUUAAACAGAGAUAUAAAUAUUCCGCUGCAAGUCGUGUAAAUUUAUGAACUGUAGUAUUAUGAGGGGCAAGGAUUCUCCUACUACUGCCUAAGAAUAAUCUAUAGUGGACGUUGAUCCGACAGUGGAAUCGAGUAUUCGAUAUUAUUGAGAAAGAAACGGAUCAGCGAAUCACGAUAAAAGUACAACAAAAACGAUAUAGAAACACUCUUGUAUGUCAUCAUAAUCGUAUUUAUUACUAACGCGACUCUCGUUAAGCCGAUGUAGCAAAUUUUGGGCGAUACGAAUUGUAAAUAGUUAGAUUAACUAUCCUACUAUAACUAGUAUUCUAGUUUCCUACUAUUAUGGUAGGACUAGUGUCCUACUAUAACUAGUAUUAUUUAAUGCAUGUUACAUACGUUGGGCCUUUUUAGGAAACGCAACGUUACGCAGUUUUCGGACACACGUGAGCUUCGAAUCAGAACGCAAUCUUUUCUGUUAUAAAUUUUAUUUUUAUUAUUUAUUUUAUAUUAUUAUUUUUCGUGAUAUUUGACAAUUAUGAAAUUAAUUAUAAUUAAUUCAUAAGCAUUUUGUUUUAAAAUUUUCGUUAAUCAAUUGAUUAUAUGAAAAAUAUGUACAAUUGAAUGAAUUAUAUAUUGAUGCUUAUAGAGUGCGUCCGAAAACCAUUAACAAAAAUUAUCUUUAUUUAAUAUUAACAAAUAUUUAACUCGAUCAUUGUGUACAAUCGUUCUUUAUUGAUGCAAUUAUUCUGACGCGUGCAAACUAGAAGAUCUAUAAAUUAUAAAACACAUAUAUACAUAUAUACAUUAGAACUUCCCAAAAGUAGAUCAUAUAGAGAUCAUAUAGAGAUUCUGAUAUACUUUAACGAAUUACCUGCACUGUUAAGAACAUAAAAGGUCUCAUUUUAAUGAUUAUCCAAAAUUAUUUAUAUGAUUUAUGUGUUCUUUUACAUUGUGAAAAAAGAUACGGCCGCAAUUUUGCUCAUUGCUGUGUCGUUAUCUCUUCAUCGAAAGGUGAAUUUAGCAUGUGGAAAGAAUGCAAUAUACUCUUUAGAAAUAUACUUUUGAGAGAAGUUCCAAUGAAUAUGUAUAUACCAUAUAUAUACAAUUAGACCAGUCUUUGUGAUAGAUAUAUUUAUUUUAGAAUUAUCAUGCGUAAAAUUAGGCGGCUAUCUAUGAAUAUGCAGAAAAAAAUAUAUGGUUUUAUUCUAAAAAUGCGAUUAUCAACGGGUGAAUGUGUAUUUGAGCACCAAAGCGUUGAUUUUAGAUAUCUUAUCUUCUCUUUUAUUUCUUAUUCAUAGUCGAAUGCAAUGUUAAAUCUCUAUAUAUAUUCUGGAUUAAUCUCUUUUAUUGAUCAAAAUGUUGCU